AUGAAAUUUCGCUACACGAGACCGUCGGAAAUUGACAGUGACGAAGAUUUGAUAAAACCUGCGAUGAGAAUUCUGUUUUCAAGAGUUCAUGGUGGGAGUACGACAUCGCAUAUAAUUCAGCAACCAUUGGUUUUGAUGGAAGAGAUGUAUACGAACUUUAUGUGGAUUGUUGAAGGAGAGGAGGACAAAGGACUACUUGUGCAUAUUGAAUCUAUUCGCAUUCCUGAAGAGAUCUACCAAGGUUUCGAUAGUGUCAACAAGAUCGGAUUAUUCCUUUCCGAAGCCGUGGACAAUCCAAAUCUGAACUUUGUCAUGAACAAUGGGCGACCUGGUAGUGUUAGGGUGGCUGGAUUCGUUCCACCGGCUGAUAUCUAUCUGCCCUUUUCGCGACUUGAAAUCUCAUUUUUCGCUCCACCAAGAAGUGAAUUCCGUCUUACAUGGAAGAGCGUACCCAAGAGAAAUGCAAACUACACCGAAGAAAGCGAGCAGAAGAAUGUUACAAGAGUGUAUGCAUGCGGAUCCGUGCUAGUACCAACAUGGGAUUGGCAAGAGAUUAAAAGCCCUAUACCUGCCGGAGAAAGUUAGUG